UGGUGUGUGUGUGUGUGUGUGUGUGUGUAAGGUGCGGGGUCUCGCGCUGUAACGGUGCGGGUGAAGCUGCAGCUCCAUCAUGGUGAAGAUCAGCUGCGCGGCAAUAAACGGCGUUAAAGCCGAGAAAGAGGAGCGCGAGGGACCGGAGCGCAUCUACAUCCCGCCGCAGCAUGUGGGCGUGUUCCGGCGAUCGUCUCUGAGUGGACUUUGUUGUUUACUGAUUGCUCUCAUCAUUAGCACCUGCAGCCUGGUGUACGCCUCAGUCUACAUCUACCGCUAUUAUAUUGUCCCUCAGGCAAAUGAGUCUCAGUUCCGGUGCAAUGUGUAUUAUGAAGAUAAUCUGAAGGCACCCCAGCACAAUCGGGAGGAACUGCAGGAGAAUGUCAACAUCAACCUGCAGAGCAACUAUGAGAGGAUUAGCAUCAAUGCUGGCAACACAAACCCACGCACACGCCCUGCCACCAUUAUACAUGACUUCACCAAGGGUUUGACUGCAUAUCAUGACAUCACUCUGGAUAAGUGUUACAUCAGUGUCCUGAACAACAGCGUCGUUCUGCCACCAAGGAACCUGUGGAAACUCCUCAUCAAUGUGAAACUGAGAACUGGCAAUGAGGCCUCUUUUCCACAGACGUACAUGGUUCAGGAGGAGAUGGUGGUGUCUGAGCAAGUGAUGAACACACGUGACUUUGGCGUCUUCAUCCACAGACUAUGUGAAGGGAAACCCACCUACCAGAUACGCCGCCGCCUCACACGCCGCCGUAUCACUAAGCGGGAGGAGCAGAUCUGUCACUCUAUCCGACACUUUGAGAACACGUUUGUGAUGGACACGCUGAUCUGUGAUGGACACGCUGAUCUGUGAUGGACAUGCUGAUCUGUGAUGGACACGCUGAUCUGUGAUGGACACACUGAUCUGUGAUGGACAUGCUGAUCUGUGAUGGACAUGCUGAUCUGUGAUGCGCCUUAAAUAUUAACUUCCACAUAACAUCUCUCUCAUUUCUUCUCUUCAUGACGUGGUGCAUUUUUUCAUGCUUUAACUGAUUUCCUGAUAUAAGUGCUUCCAUUAAUCACCCAGUAGCACUCAGUGUGUGUGUGUGUGUGUUGAUAUUAACUUACCAUCUUGUGAGAAAACACCAAGUAUUUAUGCUGUAUUGUAAAGUAUACUCUUAAUAUAAGAUCAUGUCACCUGCACAUUGAGCCACAUUUUAAAAUAUCUCUAGCUGGCUAAAAAUAAACUGUCAAUCAACAAAAACACAUUUAACUCUCCCACAUGUACGGGGAAGUGUAUUAAUCUUACCAUGUGCUGAAUGUUGCAGUAUGUGUAUAAUGGAUUAUUAGCACAGGACCAGUUUAUUUCUGUCUGUCCCAGUCAAUGCACUUGUUUACUCCAUGUAGCACUAAAUACUCUGAAACUGUAUUCAUUUAUCUGUAUCAAUUUUGUUUAUUUUUAUUUUUAUAGUUGAAAUAUUUAUUUUAUCUUUACAAUGCAUGAAUCUUUACACAUUUACACAUUUAAAAUAUAGAUUUAAAAUCUUUUUAAAUGUGGACUGUGUGACUUUUAAACUGAGCCUUCUCCCAAACUGAGUAUUGUAGCUAAACAUCUUAGCAAAUAAAGAAAUUACACACAUUA